GAGGAACUGAAGCAGAAGACUUAAGUGAAGCAGUCGAAGUAAAGCCCCAAGAUGUGGUGUCUCCUCGUGCUCCUGUGCUCCCAGGUCGUUGCCUUUUCAGCAGGAUUCACAGCACCCCACACUCUGAAAUCAGAGGAAGGACUGCACAGGAAGCAACGCAACCCUGAAGACCUCAUGAACGUUACCGAAAUGAUCAGAUAUCAUGGAUAUCCUGGUGAGGAGUAUGAAGUUACUACAGAGGAUGGAUACAUACUUGGUGUUUUCAGAAUUCCCAAUGGGAGGAACAUGCAAAAUACAGGGCAAAAGCCAGCAGUUUUGCUGCACCAUGGUACUUUUGCAGACUGUACUUACUGGAUUGCUAAUCUGCCCAACAACAGUCUAGGCUUCAUCCUUGCAGAUGCUGGCUACGAUGUUUGGCUAGGAAACAGCCGAGGAAACACCUGGUCUGCAAAACACAAGACUCUUAAAACAUGCCAGAAAGAGUUCUGGCAGUUCAGCUUUGAUGAGAUAGGUAAGUAUGAUCUCCCAGCUGAGCUGUACUUCAUCAUGAAUAAAACUGGACAGAAGAAUGUAUACUAUGUUGGUCACUCAGAAGGUUCAACUGCAGGUUUUGUAGCAUUUUCUACUUACCCAGAGUUGGCACAAAAGGUGAAAAUGUUCUUUGCUUUAGGACCGGUACUCACAGUCACACACGCUACCAGUCCUUUUGUAACAUUUGCACGUCUUCCUCAGCCAGUGAUCAAGUUGGUCCUUGGUUGCAAAGGAGCUCUUCGCCAGAAUGAACUGCUGAGAAGGCUUGCAAUAGAGCUGUGCAUACCUCUGCAAAAAGUUUGUGCCAAUAUCCUCUACUCCAUAGCUGGGGGCAGAGCGCAAAACCUGAAUGCGAGUCGAAUAGAUGUAUACGUAGGACAUUACCCAGCUGGGACAUCAGUACAGAAUAUUAUUCAUUGGCAUCAGCUAUCCCAUACAGACCGAUUCCAAGCUUAUGACUAUGGCUCAAAGAUAAACAUGCAGAAAUACAACCAGACUACUCCUCCUGCAUACGAGAUAGAGAAGAUAAGCACGCCCAUUGCCGUUUGGAGUGGUGGACAAGACAAAUUUGCAGAUCCCAAAGACAUAACAAAACUACUUUCUAGGAUUAAUAAUCUCUAUUACCAUGAGAAUUUCCCUUUCUGGGGACAUCUUGAUUUUGUCUGGGGCCUUGAUGCAGGUGAGAAAAUGUUUCGGAAAAUUGCUGAACUAAUUAGAAAAUACCCUUGAAGAUUCAUACAGGAAGUUCCUUCAUCCAGCAAAGCCCUCCAAGAUUUCUAUUUAGCAUUUGAAUAUAGGUAUAGGGAUUGGUAUAGGGGUUUGUUUCUUUCUUUCAUUGUAUUCCAUGGUUUUAUGGGAUUUUGGUGAAGGUGGGUAGGUAGGGUAAGGUGUGUUAAGAAGGUAAGAAACAUGAGGAUGACCACUGAAUACACAAUUCAGAAGGCAGCAUGAGUUUCUUUGGAAUAUUUUAACAGUUACAGGGCUGAUUUUGCUACAAACAAGCUUUUAUCUCCCUUGUAUGUUAAUAUUAUAUAUUCCACUUGAGACAGAGGUGUUAUCAUGUGAAAACAUAAAAAUUGGAUAUAGUCAUUUCUCUGUUUAAGUAUUACUGGUCUUUGCUUAAAUUAAAUCAUUAUCCUCUUCUUAA